GCGCUUGCUCUCCUCCUCUUUACCACCAGUUUAUCUGUCGCUUCUUUAACCACUCACCUCCUGCCCUCUCCCCCUCUCCCCAAACCCACUGCAGAAUGGGGAACGAGGUUAGCCUGGAGGCGGGGGAGGGAGGAGCGGGAGUCGGGCAGCAUCAGCCACCUCCUAGCCCCGGGCCCGGGGGUUCAGCACCAAACCGUGGACAGCUCCAAGGGCCCAGCAGCGCUGGAGCAUCACCGGCCGGGGCACGACAUGGCGGUGUCAGUGCUCCUGGAAGGCUGGAAAAUUCUGGACGUUUGGCUGGACAAAGUUCAGCCCCACAGUCUUUUAGACAGACUGCCUCAAGUACUGAAAGCACAAAGGAGACAAAAAGCCAUGUCCCUUCAUCCCUCCAGCAAUCAGACUCCCCUCGGAGGACACUUCAAGUUGAAAGCAAAGGUCAAAGAGCAGGAAGGUCUCCUUCAGCAUCUCCAGACAGAGGCACCACUCCCACUUCUCCGUAUUCAGUUCCACAAAUUGCUCCUCUUCCCAGCAGUACACUUUGUCCUAUAUGCAACACUACAGACCUUACCUCCUCUCCUAACCAGCCAAACUUUAACACUUGUACACAGUGUCACAAUGAAGUGUGCAACCAGUGUGGCUUCAACCCUAAUCCUCAUCUGACCGAGGUGAAAGAAUGGCUUUGUUUGAACUGCCAGAUGCAGAGGGCAUUAGGGAUGGAUAUGACUACGGCUCCUAGAUCAAAAAGCCAGCAGCAACUGCACUCUCCUGGUCUUUCUCCUUCACAUUCCCCUGCCAAACAAGCAAAACCUCAAGCUUCUCCCCAGCAUCAUGCCCCACAAACCCAGCCCCCGGCUUUGCAGCAUCCUCAGCCACAACCACAGCAACAAGUGAAGCAACCACAACAGCAACCACAAUCACAAAUGCAGCAGCAACCACAAUCACAAAUGCAGCAGCAACCAGUUCCUCAACCACAUAAUCAACAUCAACAGAAGACCAAACAUGAACCGCAUGGCCAACAUAAAUCACAAGCUCAAAGUAAAACACAAACCCCCAAUCAACCCCAAAUUCAUCAUAAGUCUCAAACCCAACACCAUCCAUCAUCCCAGAUGAAAGCAGGAAUGGAUGCACCCAUAGGAAAUGGUCAAGGUUCAAAUAUAGUUCCCCCCCAGCAAGGAAAAGCUCAAUCAUUCCAACAAAAAGAGCAGAUAAACCAAGGACAUCCAAAACCUGCUGCCCCUCAGGACAUUUCACGAUCUUCUCCUCAUCAUUCUCAAGCAAAACCUUCUCCUGCUGAACAAAGGAAGAUAUUAGGGAGUUCUCCAGCAAAAACCCCAUCCGCUUCAAUUCAUGGAACCCAAGAUCAAGCCCAGGAGGGUCUGACCGGAAAGUUGUUUGGCUUUGGGGCUUCUCUUUUGAACCAGGCGAGCACACUAAUUUCUGUUCCAGCAGAAACAACCCCACAAAGCCAGCAGUCCCCUGGCAAAGUGCCUCCGAAAAUAGUCUUCAGUGAUGCAAGCAAAGAUGUUGGCAUAAAGUCCCAGGGACCUGCUGUACCAAGCAAAGUGGAGAGUUCUCCUGUUCACAAACAAGGGAAGACUGAGCAUGUUAAGCCAAAGGAAGUGCCGAAAGUCAUGUGCCCAUUGUGCAACACUGAACUUAAUGUAGGCUCUACUGAGCCUACAAAUUAUAACACCUGCACAUCAUGUAAAAAGCAAGUGUGCAACAUGUGUGGCUUCAACCCAACUCCUCACCUAGUUGAGAAAAAUGAAUGGCUGUGCUUGAACUGCCAAACUCAGAGGCUCUUAGAGGGAAGUCUUGGCAAUGCUGUACCUUCUCCCCUACCACAGUCAAAGCCACAACCUUCAGGUUCUCUUCGACAUCAAGGCGUUACACCGUCAGGAUCACCUAAGCAUCUAUCAAGUGCCCCAACAAAAGGAUCACCACUGCACCAACCAGCUCCUAGCCACACAACAUCUCCACGUCAUCAGAAGCUGGGACCUACAUCGACCCAACAUCAAACAGGGACAGUAGGUCAACAGCAAAAAACAGUGUCAUCAGGACAUCAAGUGGAGACAAAACUUGACAAGCAGAUUUCCCAAGCAAACUAUCUCAGGAGUUCUGAACAGGUUAAAACUCAAACUCAUAGUCAAGACAGAAAACCUGCAGAAGACAUAACCCAAUCCAAAACUCCAUCAGAGUCUCAAAAGGUGUCAAAGCAGCUGGUGCCAAAACAAAAAAGCUUGGGUAGUAAGAAGGAAACAGGGACAAAAAAUACCAAGUCGGUAGAGGCCCUAAAAACAAAAGAUCAAGAGGAGAUAAACAAGCCCACGACUUAUGCCCAUGACUUAUCACGCAGCCCUCAAAGCUUAAGUGACACUGGUUAUUCUUCAGAUGGAAUUUCAAGCUCACAAAGUGAAAUUGCAGGACUGGUACAACAAGAGGAAGAGAAGCUGAACGCAACAGGCUUAUCUCAACGUAGCCCACCAAGUCCAUCUGAGCUCACUAAACUAGAAAGUUCUGUAAGACCUCUUUUAGAAUCAAAAACUACAUCCCUUGGUGAUAGUGGGAAAAUGUUCCAUGGCUUACGAGAAGACCAAAAGCAAAAACAAAGGCCAAAGUCCCUAUCUAUUACUCCUGAAGCCUUUGAUUCAGAUGAAGAAUUGGAAGACAUUCUAGAAGAAGAUGAAGAUUCACUGGAAUGGGAAAACCAAAAGGAUCACAGAGAAAUUGUUGAGUCUUCAGAUGAUUUUAGUAGUAAGUUACGACAUGACUAUGUUGAGGACAGUAGUGAAGGCUUUUCACCGUUGCCAACAAGGCAAAUUAAAGGAGAAUUCACAGAUGAAGAGUUUAUGAGGCGACAGAUUUUAGAAAUGAGUGCAGAAGAGGACAAUCUUGAUGAUGAAGAAGAGGAGUACAACAAUUUAAAGUACAUCAGUGGAAAGAAUGGCCAGAAACCUGAUUCUGAAAAAGUCAAAAGUACAUCCUCUUCUAAAAGGAGACUGGCCUAUAACUCAGGUUAUGAGGAAAACAGGAAAGAAACUGAACCUGAUGAGGAGGAAGACUUAUCGGCAUCACAGGGAGGAUUGAGACGGUUUAAGACCAUUGAGUUGAACAGCACAAACAGCUAUGGCAGAGACAUGGAACUUGACCAUGAAACAGACAUAAGCCUAGACCGAGAGCCAGAACUAGAAAUGGAAAGUUUGACUGGAUCACCGGAAGAAAGGUCUAGAGGGGAAUAUUCUUCAACUUUACCUGCCACAACACCUAGUUAUACCUCUGGUACAUCUCCUACAUCUAUGUCAUCCCUAGAAGAAGAUAGUGAUAGCAGUCCUAGUCGAAGACAGAGACUGGAGGAGGUUAAGCAACAGAGAAAGGCACGUCAUCGCUCCCAUGGUCCAUUGUUGCCUACUAUUGAAGAUUCCUCAGAAGAAGAAGAACUACGGGAGGAAGAGGAACUCUUAAGAGAGCAGGAAAAAAUGAGAGAAGUUGAGCAGCAGAGAAUUAGAAGCACUGCACGCAAAACUAAACGAGAUAAGGAAGAACUAAGGGCACAAAGGAGAAGAGAAAGGUCAAAAACUCCUCCCAGUAACCUGUCCCCCAUUGAGGAUGCUUCCCCCACAGAGGAACUUAGGCAAGCUGCUGAAAUGGAGGAAUUGCAUAGGUCUUCCUGUUCAGAAUACUCACCCUCUAUAGAUUCUGAAGCGGAAGGAUUUGAAAUGAUAGGUUCUAAACUAUACAAGUCUGGCAGUGAAUACAACUUACCAACAUUCAUGUCCUUGUAUUCUCCAACUGAGAAAACAGCAAGUUGUUCUAGUAGCAAGCCUUUAAAGAGUGCAGAAGAGGUGUACGAAGAGAUGAUGAGAAAAGCAGAAAUGUUUCAGAAACAACAAAUGGAACAGUCACAACAAAGCAUGAUAUAUGGUAGUAGUUAUCAGGAGGUUGGGUACAUAGGUACAGAAAGUCAAAAUAAUUUUGAAUAUCAGUAUAUAGAUGAAUACAGCUAUGAUAGUGGUAGAAUAAGUUCAUUACAAAAUGAUUACAACAUGGAAUUAUCAAAACCUGGCACACUAUAUGAUGAAAUUCUGCAGACAUCACAGAAUAUCUCAAGGAUGCACCAAUCAUCAUCACUUGAUUUAUCUGUACAACAGGAGGAAAAGAAGACAGACAUCUAUCCAGAGAAACAAUUUCUGAAUGCAGAAAAUGCAUACAAUGAAAUGUUGAAGCAGACAAGUGGGCCACUCACUCCUGGAACAAGUCCUACGCAACUCUCAGCACCAGUGUCAUUUGCUUCUUCUGAAAGUAAUGCAGGAAGAGUUAUACCAGAUGUGCGUGUAACACAGCACUUCAGUAAAGAUGGACAAGAUCAGGCCAAAUUUCACAGUUCAUCCACUGUCCCCAGUUCAAAAACACCUAGUUAUCAGUACGGCAGAGUAUCUGCUGCCAUCACAUCCACAUCAUCUAGUGCAAGUACAUCUCUUUCAUAUUCUGAUUCAUCAUCUUCUUUCCCCACUCAGAGAAGUUAUGGACAAGUAAAAGAGACUCCAGAUUAUAAAUCCAAUGAAGAUGUAUAUAGAAACAAAACUACUACAGAAAACAGUGUACAAGGCGAGGGGGAUAUAAGGUCAAGUGUAUCUUUGACAUCAAAAGUUAUUUCUUUUUUUAAGAGCUCAAGUCCCCCCCUUUCACCCACCUCUCCCACACAAAGCCCCACUCACUCUUCUCCAAGAAUAAGCAUGUCACCUGUAGGCAAACCAACAUCAGAAUUUUCAUCUCAAACACAGAGUAUUAACCGAUCAUCUGAUGUCUCAACAGCCCCCUCCACACUCUCCUCUUUUAACAUGGUUGCUCAAGGCACACAGACACCUGACCGUACUAGAUCACCUCGCCUUUCUAGACAACAGUCUUCUCAAGAAUCUCCUUUUAUGGUUAUUACCUUAGCGUCUCAUUCAUCUAGUCAAACUAAGCCAAAAAGUGUCAGUUGCUCUACCUCCCCAGUCACCUCCCCAACUAGACUUCGCCAUCAAACACUUCACUGUAAUAGUCAGACAUCAAUCAGCAGUUCACAAGCCCAGCAAGAGCAAAUGCAGUCUACUUAUACUAAUUCACACACAAUCAUAGAAAGGCCAGCUUCCUCCGGUUUGCAAAUGAGCUCCAAAGGAGAGUCCAUCUCUGGCCUAGAUCCCUCCUGUGCUACUUAUAAUUGGGGCUCUUUACCCUCUGAGAACAUAUCACUAUGUAGAAUAUCUUCUGUUCCUGGAACUUCUCGGGUGGAGCCUGGUCCAAAACCCAGCAGUAGUGUUGUCGAUUUACGAACUGCGAUUAAAGCAGCCCCUGUCAUUAUGACUGACCAAGGUAUGGACCUUACAUCUUUAGCUACUGAAUCUAGGAGAUAUUCACUCCCCAUGGACCAAUCUCCAACACGUCAUUCUACAGCUGUGCAGCCUCUGAUAGUAAAUUUAAAUGCCCAAGAACAAAACCAUGCUGUCAUUGGCACAGUCACAACAGUUAGCAUAACUGUUGCCUCGUCCAUGAUUGUUUCACAGCCAAAACAACCAGUAGUUUAUGGCGAUCCUUUUCAAAACAGGGUAGACUUUGGGCAAGGAACUGGAAAUGCAAUGUGCUUGACUCAAGUUAGGCAUCUUGAACAAACAAGUCAACCUAACAUUCUGAGAGGAAGCAUGAACAAUACUGUCUCUAGUUCUGUUUGUAAAACUGAUGAAACUAGUGGAAUGCAGAAAGACAUAUUUUCAAGGUAUAAUCUUCCCAGUCAAGUGACACCCAUGGUUAAAAGAGAUAUAGUUUCUCAAACCAGCAAUGUUCAAAAUAUUAAUAAUAUUGGUAGUGUCCCAAGACAAUUCCAGCAGGAACAAAGCUUAGGACCUGUGGAAGCAUAUAGAGGAGUUCCUGAUUCCAGCACUAUUCGAGCUCCAGUUAAUCCGGCUGGAAGCCAGUCUCACGCAAUGAUGGUACAGUUGGAUGAGAUGGCAUCUGGUACAGUUACUAAAUUAAUGAAUGAAGAGCCAGCGUCAAAUGCAUUAGACCUAACGGGUAUGAAACCUGAAAGUCAGGUGGUAUGCUGUGAUGUUGUAUACAAGUUUCCAUUUGGUAGUAGCUGCACUGGUAGCUACAGCCCUUCUAAAGUCCCUGAAAAGGGUACCAGAGAAGCUUCUCAGCCUAUAAGACCUGGGCCUCAGUAUUAUGGUCAAAGAGAACAUGAACCUUCAGAUAACUAUUCUUACAGAGAAUCAAAACCCUUGCCACCACCUGCAGCCUCUGCCCAUAAUUCAUAUGAGGAACAGAAAUUUCUUUCCUAUGGACCCCCAGGGCGGCUUUUUUCAUCAAUGUCAGAAACCAAUCUGUCUGAUAUUGGUUUGUAUCAGCCAUAUCACGCUGCUGGAAGUGAAGGUGCUAUGGACCUGUCUACAAUGAAAAACUCAUACAGCAUGAACUUCAGUGAUGGGAAUUAUCUUAGUCAGGGAGCACAGUACGGCUCGUUCACUGACUUAAGGCAACCUACUGACAUAUUUAAUAAUUCACUACCCAUGAGAAGAUACAAUUCAAUGUCCAACAUCUACUCUGAUUACAGAUAUUCUACAAGAGAUCUGUCCAAUUUUCAAGAAUCUAACCUUGCUCAAUAUAGUGCAACAACAGCUCGGGAAAUUAGCAGAAUGUGUGCAGCCCUUAAUUCUAUGGAGCAAUAUGGAGGAAGACAUACAAACAGUUCAGAUAUUUUGCAGUAUGGGCCCAGCUCCAUAAGCGCUGGACCUAGAGCAAACGCUAUUAUACCUAAUCAACAGACCAUUAGGCAAAAUAUGCUGUAUGGCCCUCAUUUCACAGAUGCAAGAAAUUUAGCACAGUAUAAUAUAUCUGGGCCACGUUCUGGACCUAUUAGACAAAUGUAUGCAUCUGCUGCUACCGUAAGGGCAGCUGAUGGUAUGAUUUACUCAACCAUCAACACUCCCAUAGCAUCAACACUCCCUAUUACCACACAGCCAGCCUCUGUGCUACGGCCAAUGGUCAGAGGUUUGUAUAGACCUUAUGGUCCAGGAAAUUUUACACCCGUACCUUUAGCAAGUCUAACCAGAGUGCCCCUUGUUGCACCAAGGAUGCCAUUGGGACAACAAUCAGUAUAUCGUUAUCCAGGCGUAAGCAGGUUUCCAGCUGCCUCCACAGCUUCAUUAAUGGAAACUCCAGUUUAUUUAGGAAAGGCUGUAACUUCCAUUGCUACUAGCACUUCUACAAUAAGCACCACUACAGCCACUGCUGUAUCAACAAUAUCUUCAAAUGUUGCUGUCUCAAAUAUACAGUCAGAGCAGACUAUUGCAGGACCUCAUGAAGAUCCCACAUUGGUAACUUCUGUGAUUCAGAAUUCUGCUAGCCACUCACAGCAACAACAACAGCAGCAACCAACUCAGAAGCCUGGACCUGAAUCUCAGUCAUCUGGGAUGACCCAUAAGCCUGGAGCAGAAAAAGAGGAAAAGGAAAAAGAAGAAGAGAGACAGAGGAAACAACAGGAGCAUUUUUUACAAAUUGAAAGAGAAAGAGUAGAGUUAGAGACAUUAAGGCAAAUGCGUUUACAUGAAGAAUUGGAGAGGGAGCGGUUAGAACUACAGCGGCACAGAGAAAAGGAACAAAUGCUGGUUCAUAGAGAACUACAAGAAUUACAGUCUAUCAAGCAACAAGUGCUACAGCAACAGCAGGAAGAACGCCAGGCACAAUUUGCAAUGCAACGGGAACAGCUAGCACAGCAACGUUUGCAGCUCGAGCAGAUUCAACAGCUGCAGCAGCAACUUCAACAACAGCUUGAGGAGCAGAAACGGCAAAAAAAUACUGGGCCUCCUGCAUGUGAGCAAACUGGGAGAAUUCCACCACAAACAGUAUCUGAAAUAGCAAUUGAAAUGCAGAGGACCCUUGCGCAAAGUGGGCAUUACUGGCCACCAGUUAAUCCACCUUUUAUUGCAAUGGCUCCCACAGUACCAGAUGUUCAAGGACCAUCACGCUUCCCUGUACCCCAGAGGCCACUUACCAAUUCUGCCUCGGAGAUGUCACUCCAGACAGAUGAGCAUUGGGAGGUCAACAGGCCCAUUAAGAAAAGAAACUCAAUGCCACGUCUUAGGGAUACAUAUAAUACAGAAGAUAACAAUGAGUCAUAUGUUGUAAAGAAGAUAACAGAUAGCAGUGUACAGACAGAUGACGAGGAUGGUGAUGAUAGGUUUUACAUGUCAAGACGGCGCAGAACAAAAAGAAGUACUGACUGCAGCGUCCAGACAGAUGAUGAAGACAAUGCAGAAUGGGAACAGCCAGUGAGAAGGCGUAGAUCUAGAUUUUCUCGUCAUUCAGAUUCUAGUUCAGAUAGCAAGCAUGAUUCAAAAGGAACUUCAAGUAUAGCUAUUCAGACAACUAGUGAUUGUUGUGUUCAGACAGAGCCAGACCAGCUUCAAAGAGUUUCACCGUCUAUUCAUAUUACGACCCCAGAUCCAAAAGUUGAGAUUAUAAAGUACAUAUCAGCCCCAGAGAAGACGCAACGAGGUGAAAGUCUUGCAUGCCAGACUGAGCCAGAAACUCAAUGCCAUGGCAUAGUUGUUCCUCAGAUCAGCGUGCCUACAACUGUAACUCCCUAUUCUUCUAACAUGCAAAUGGUAACUUCAGGGCCCCUAGAUACCAAUUUCCCAAGACAGCAAGGAGCAGCAAAGUUCGACAAAAAGAAGCCUGAUCCUCUUGAAAUCGGUUAUCAGUCCCAUUUGCCAGCAGACACAAUUUCUCAGCUAGUUUCUCGUCAGCCCCCUAAGUCUCCCCAAGUACUCUACUCUCCUGUGUCUCCACUUUCACCUCACAGGUUACUGGAAUCGACAUUUGCUUCAAGUGAAAGACUCAACAAAGCCCAUGUGACCCCUCAAAAACAUUUUACAGCUGACAGCACUCAACGGCAGCAGAUCUUACCUCGUCCAAUCAAAACCAUGCAAAGAUCCUUGUCAGACCCUAAGCCUAUCAGUCCUACCUCAGAGGAAACUUCCAAGGAUAGGUUUUCUUUGUAUCAGCAUCAGUUACUACAAGGUAGCCAGAUUUCAGCCUUCCAGCCAAAUACUUUGACACGCAAGGUGAAGCGAACUCUGCCCAGCCCACCUCCUGAUGAAGCUCAUCUUCCCCUUACAACCAGUCAGGCUCACUCGCAAAUCAAUUUGCCCAAUCUCAAUCAGAAGAUAAUGGGAGGUCAAAGCAUUCAGCUCCCAAAAGUUGGUUUUCUUAAAAAUAUUGAUCAUGACUUGAAGAUUGUUGAGCAAGAAUCAACAAAGCUCCGUAAGCAGCAAGCUGAGCUUGAAGAGGAGGAAAAAGAAAUUGAUGCCAAGCUGAAGUAUUUAGAACUUGGGAUCACUCAAAGGAAAGAGUCUCUGGUAAAGGACAGAAGAGAUUACUCAUAUAUCAGAUGCUUAGGGGAGAACAGGGACUACAUGUCAGACAGUGAGCUCAACAAUAUACGAUUUUCAGGGUACGAAAGCAGCAGUGUCUUAAACAGGACAAGCGCCAACUCUCAGUUUUCUGAAUUUCAGACCACACAGCAAUUUCAGACAUCUACUUCCUCUUGUACACCUAGCACUUAUCAUUACACCACAGGCCAAACAGUAACUCCAGUAUCCACCGCCCUUCAGCAACCAAGAUUUCCACAACCCCAGUAUCCAGUGUCUAGCAAUGGUCCUUCACAAAGUACCUUCCAGAUACAACACUCUAGCUACCCAGCACAGAGUUCCUAUCAGUCUAACACAAUUCCUCAAAAUACAAGUUAUCAAUCAGAUUUAGGAAUGCAAAACCAUACAGGUUUCAGGCCACCAAAUCCUUUUCCAGCUCAAACCAGCUUUGCAAAUCAGGGUUCUUUGCAAUCCACUAUAAAUGCAGGCUUUCAACCACCAGUCGAAACCCAUAGCACCCACCAAAAGCCAAGGCAAACAAUGCUAGCUGACCUAGAACACAAAGUUCCAACAAACUAUGAAGUGAUUGGAAAUCCUACAGUAGUCAUAUCAUCAGCCACUCCAGAUAUUGCCUUCAGUAGCACUACAGUGGCCAGCAGUUUUGACCAGUAUAAGAGAGAGGUAAGAAAAACAGAACGGGGCAAUGGAACAGAAAGCCCCUCAAAUAGUUAUUCAACUGAUUCUCUUUACACAAACCUAGAACAAAACAUCCCCCGCAACUAUGUAAUGAUUGAAGAUAUAAGUGAACUGACCAAUGAAAAUCCACCUUUCACAGAAAGUCAGAAAGUGGAGCCCUUGAAUCAGUCUCAACAGCAAAAUAUUAAUGGGCGUCACAUAAAAGACAAAAAUGGCCAUAUUGAAGCAGACAGUUCUGUCAAGCCAUGUUGCUAUUCCAGGGCUGAAGAGGAAUCUGAAGAGGAUGUUUAUGAUCAUCAUAGUUCAGAUUACAGAGGAAAAAACAGCUAUCACAGGAGCACUGAUAGCAAUGGACGUGACUCUAGUACCGGUAGCUACUACUAUGGAAAUGGUGAUUCUAGACACCCCACACGUUUAGACAAACAUGGAUCCAAUUCUGGGGUGCAGAAACUUUCCUCGAAAAAUCUGGCACCAGCUGUGGUGUCUUCCAAACGCAGCAAGCACCGCAAACAGGGAAUGGAGCAGAAAAUUUCAAAGUUUUCUCCAAUUGAGGAAGCAAAAGAUGUAGAGUCUGACUUGGCAGCUACUUACCCUACAACACAAUCAGUGAGCAGUAGCAGUAGUGUUUCAUCAAGAGCAAAAAAGCUUCAGGAUGAGAUUACAUAUGGAUUAAAGAAAAAUGUUUAUGAACAACAAAAAUACUAUGGUGUUUCCAGCAGAGAAAUGGAGGAAGAUGACAGAGUUUAUGGUAGUGGAAACCGCUCAAGAUCAGCAUCUAGUUAUGGACUGGAAAAAUCAAGUCGUGACACUGGCAGUAGCAGGAGCAAAUCUUAUGAAAGAGACAGUACAGAUAGAUAUAAAUCAAGUUCCAAACCAUCUACUCUUACCAUGAGUCAAAGCAGAGGCAGAGCCCCAAUGCGAACACAGGCUUCUGAAGAGGAAAGUCCAGUAAGCCCAACUGGAAAGUCUGUAGGUGUGUGUCGUACAUCAGGUGGCCCAGUGCCUCAGUCUACAGGGGACAGCUGUCCUCAAUUCUGUUCCAGUCACUCACUGCCUGAUGUGCAGGAACAUAUCAAGGAAGUGCCAAGAAACCACAUAUACAAGCAAGAAGAAAAUUACAUGAUGGAUGACUCACAUUGUGUUGUGUCAGACAGUGAAGCCUAUCAUUUGGGUCAGGAGGAAACUGAUUGGUUUGAUAAACCGAGAGAGGCUCGUUCUGAACGAUCAAGAUACUACAGUCACUCAUCACAGAAAAAAAUGCCUGUUAAGCAUACAUAUCAUGAUUAUGAUGAACCUCCAGAUGAGGACAUGUGGCAUCAUGAUGAUUAUUCUCAGCCUCGUCACUCAUCUUCAAAAGACCACAGACAUCAUGGGGAAGCUGGGAGACAUUCUUCUCGUCAUCUUGAAGAGCAAUCCAGGCGGUCAUCUAAGCAGCACCCAAGAGAGCAAAGCAGACACGAGUCACGUCAACAUUCUCAGCCAUCAUCCUCUUUGAAGAAGUCUCAGCAGUCGGAUACAAGAUCACAAUCUGGGUAUCCAUCAAGCUCCUCUGACUAUUCCCAACAAUCAAGACAAUCAUCAACUUACCACCAUACGUCAGAAUCACAGAGGUCACAGAGGCAGUCACAAACAUCACAGCAACAUAAAUCUGAAUCCCAGACGCACCACCAGGGAUCACAGCAAAUGAGACAGCAGCAAUCGGGGCAGCAGCAGCAACAGCCAAAGCAACAGCAAUCUCAACAACAAAACUCCAGACAGCAGCAAUCAACGGGCUCUUCACAACAAGUCUCUCACCAGCUCCCAACCCCCCAAACAACCCAUCAUCAAACACAACAUCAACAAAGCUCUCAUCAGCCAGGGAGAACACAUCUUCAGCAACAGUCACAGCCUCAGCCACAGCAGCAGCAGCAGCAGCCACAGCAGCAGCACCCACAGCAGCAGCACCCACAGCAGCAGCACCCACAGCAGCAGCACCCACAGCAGCAGCACCCACAGCAGCUACCUGGAACCCAGGGUCAACCAUCUUCACGCUCACACCAACAGCAGCAACAGCAACAACAGGAGCAGACACAGCAAACUGUGAAGCCAGAACAGACCACUCAGUCUAGUGCUCAGCCACCAGCACAACCAAAAGUUGAACCAGUUGAUAGCUCAAAGACAGCAGCAAAACCUGUGCCACAAGCAGGGAGAGGGCCACAGGCUCAGUUGCAAGGUCCACCAACAGGUAUCAAAUUGGGUUCAAAACCAGCUGCAGCACCUGCUGGAACAGCACCAGGACAGCAAGGCACAGAGGGAGAAAGCAUGUUCUCCAAGAUUCUACCAGGAGGUGCAGCUGAACAAGCAGGCAAGCUAACUGAAGCUGUCUCUGCAUUUGGCAAGAAAUUUUCCUCCUUUUGGUGAGAGCUCUGAAAGCAGAGUGGAGAUACCAUAAUGGAAAAACCCAUGAAACAUCUUAACCAAUAAAGAUAAGUUACGGCGCGGAACUCUGAGUAUAAAAUCCAUAAGGAAUAUGGUGAAACACAAGAUGACCUUUCUCUUGAUGGGAUGUCUGCAGAACUGAGCAAAAACUCCAAGUAGAAAAAUGGUUUGGCAGUAUUUGGUAUGCCAGAGACAUGACCUCCAUAUAUUUAUGAAUCAAAUCAACAGAUAGAAA